UCUUUGUACACUACAGAGAAAGUAACAACAUGUUCUCCAAAAUCGUGGUCCUUUGCGCGAUGGUGGCGGUCUCCCAGGCUGGUCUCUUGCCCGAGCCCCACUACUCCCACGCCGAAGCCGUCUCAUCCCAAAGCAUCGUGCGUCACGAUGAGCAGACCCACCACUCCGCCAAGCUGAUCGCCGCUCCCGUCGCCAAGCUGGCCGUCGCCGCCCCCGUGGCCUACCACGCCGCCCCCGCCCCCGUUGUCUACCACCACGCCGCCCCCGGCCCCGUCGCCUACCACGCUGCUCCCGCCCUCCACUACUCCGCCCCCGUUGCUAAAGUCAUCGCUCAUCACGAGGAAGAAAUCGCCUAUCCCAAAUACGAGUACACUUACUCCGUGGCUGACGGCCACACCGGCGACAACAAGUCCCAGCAGGAGAGCCGCGACGGAGAUGUCGUGAAGGGCUCCUACUCUUUCCACGAGGCUGACGGCUCCAUCCGCACCGUGGAGUACACCGCCGACGACCACAGCGGCUUCAACGCCGUGGUGCACAACACCGCUCCUAAGGCUGCCCCCGUCGUGGUUAAGGCCGCUCCUGUUUUGGUUAAGGCUGCGCCCGUUUACUCCGCGCCCGCUUAUUAUCACCACUAAACUGUUAUUUUGAUGUAGGAAAUGUUAUUUAUUGUAAAUAUAGAUACUUGCCAAUGAUAAACUAAAUAA